UCGAUAGCGCAGACCUUCAGUCGAAACGUCAUUGCGUGUUGAAGUAUCACACUGUUUAUGUAUCACGGACGCAAAAAUAAGAAGAAAAACCACUGGCAAAAUCCGAUUUAAGCAUACCAUAGUGACGAAUCACUUGUGUGUUCAGCAUGUCGACGGUUGACGACUCAUUGCCCACGGAAUUUGAUUUAAUUGUGAUUGGUACAGGUUUGACCGAGUCAAUAUUGGCUGCAGCGGCCAGUCGAAUCGGAAAAACAGUGCUGCAUCUCGAUUCGAAUGAUUAUUACGGUGGACUAUGGGCAUCAUUCAAUUUGGAAGGCAUCGAAACAUUGGCCAAUAAUAAUAAAUGUGGUCGUCCGAGUGCGAAUGUCAGUGUGAACAAUGGAAUAAUUACAUUGGAUCCCAGCGUUAACUUUGUGAUUGAAAAUGCUGAACUUGAGUGGCGAAUACCAGCUAAUAUACUGGAAAUUGGAAACAAAACGGACGAUGAGAAAAUCGAUGAACAAACGGAAGAGCGAAACGAUGAACUGGAGAACCUUUGGACCAGAGACAAAGUGAUGCAUGAUUUCCGCAAGUUUAACAUCGAUUUGACGCCCAAACUGCUAUUCGCCCGUGGUGAUUUAGUUGAGUUGUUGAUUUCAUCGAAUAUUUCGCGCUAUGCAGAGUUCAGAGCCGUUGAUCGAAUUAUCACGUGCAUCAAUAACGAAAUGAAAGUGGUGCCUUGUUCGCGUGCCGAUGUAUUCACGAACAAAGAUGUGACCGUGUUGGAAAAGCGACUAUUGAUGAAGGUCCUAUCGAAUUGUAUGAGCACCGAAAAUGAAGAGGAAUUCAAAGAUUUUGAAGACAAAACGUUCCGGAGUUAUUUGGAGCACAAGCGUUUGACUCAAAACCUAAUCCACUACAUACUCUAUUCAAUUGGAAUGUGCGAUGACCAAACACUCUGCUCGAACGGUGUGAAGCGAGUGAAAAAAUUCUUGCAGAGUUUAGGCCGCUAUGGAAAUUCACCAUUUUUAUUUCCAAUGUACGGAUGUGGUGAAAUUCCGCAAUGUUUCUGUCGUUUGAGUGCCGUGUUUGGUGGCAUCUAUUGCCUAAAACGUCCAAUCACUGAGAUCCAUUUGAAUGAGUCACUGGACGAAUUCCACGCAAUCAAAUGCAAUGAACAGACGAUAAAAGCCAAAUCAAUAGUCAUAUCUGGUACUGAGAUUAAGCAUUUUGCGCAUAUUUUGCCAAAAAAAUCGGAAACAUGCAACUCAGAUGCGGCGCAUCAAUGCGGUAAAUUAUCCCGUGCAAUAUUCAUACUAACUAGACCAUUAUGCAAUCAACCGGGUAGCACUGGUGGUGGUGUGGAAUUUCUGAAACUACCGCCAAUCGGUGACGAAUUUGCUGUGAAUGGCAAUGAAAGUACGGGCGCAUUUGUGAUCCAAUUGACACACUGGAGCGGAACCGUACCGAAGGAUUUGUAUCUUGUACAUAUAACGUGUCGUAGUCGAAGUGAUUCACCAAAAUCCGAUAUUGAACCAUACGAGCGGUUGCUAUUCAACGAUGAUGAGUCGCACGAAGUGCUUUGGUCGAUGUAUUUCAACAUUCCGACAUGUGUGCAAUGUGCUGAUUCGAUAAAAUUGCCUUCGAAUUGCCAUGUCGCCUGUGGACCAUUCUUUGAGCUAGAUUAUGACGAAUCCAUUCAACAGGCAAAACAUGUGUUCACACAAAUCUUCGAAAAUGAAGAGUUUUUACCACGUGCACCAGAUCCAGAGGAAAUUAUUAUCGAAGGCGAUAAUCCAACCGAUCCACUACCAUCAAUGGUAGCUGAACUCAACCUUGACCUACCUAAUACCCAACCGAACGAAUCUGAUCCGCAACAGAAUCAGAAUGAAGAAGAAUUUAAUGCAACAACAGUCGCAAGUGUACAAAAUGUCCCACAACAAGAAUAAAUACAGUAAAGUUUUCGUCAAAUAGAAA